CGCAUGCGCCCCUCAUUGGCUCCUCUGCACUGUCUGGAGUAAGUUGGAUGCGCGCUCUCCUCACUCGCAUCCCUACACCACCUCAAAAGCUGUUGCGAUGGGGAGGAUCAGGAAAAACCACUUUGGGAUUUUGACUUUUUCCUUACUUGUGACUUUUGUCUGGGCUCAAAGCGUCAAGGAUCUCAAAGAUCCCAGCAAUAUGCCUCUGGUAAAAGAAACCGUGGACAGACUGAUGAAAGGAUACGACAUUCGGUUGAGGCCAGAUUUCGGAGGUGCGCCGGUGGCUGUGGGGAUGAAUAUUGACAUAGCCAGCAUAGACAUGGUCUCUGAAGUCAAUAUGGACUACACCUUGACAAUGUACUUUCAACAAGCGUGGCGGGACAAGCGUCUUUCCUACUCUGAGAUCGCCUACAACCUGACCCUGGAUAACAGAGUGGCAGAUCAACUGUGGGUCCCUGACACCUACUUCCUCAAUGACAAGAAGUCCUUCGUCCAUGGCGUCACAGUGAAGAACAGAAUGAUCCGUCUCCACCCUGACGGCACAGUGCUUUAUGGACUCAGAAUCACCACCACUGCAGCGUGCAUGAUGGACCUGCGUCGCUACCCUCUGGAUGAGCAGAACUGCACCCUGGAGAUCGAAAGCUAUGGCUACACCACUGAUGAUAUUGAGUUUUACUGGCGAGGCGACGAUGGAGCCGUGUCCGGAGUGGACAGAAUAGAACUGCCACAGUUUUCUAUUGUCGACUACAAACUCAUCUCCAGGAAUGUGGUCUUCUCCACAGGUUCAUAUCCCCGCCUGUCCCUCAGCUUCAAACUGAAGAGGAACAUUGGUUACUUCAUCCUGCAGACAUACAUGCCUUCCAUCCUGAUUACCAUACUCUCCUGGGUCUCCUUCUGGAUCAACUACGAUGCCUCAGCUGCCAGAGUGGCCCUGGGGAUCACUACGGUGCUGACCAUGACCACCAUCAACACCCACUUGCGAGAGACACUCCCUAAGAUUCCCUAUGUCAAGGCUAUUGACAUGUACCUGAUGGGCUGCUUUGUGUUUGUCUUCCUGGCCCUGCUGGAGUAUGCCUUCGUCAACUACAUCUUCUUUGGUCAGGGCCCGCAGCGUCAGAAGAAGGCGGCUGAGAAAGCAGCCACAGCUAAUAACGAGAAGCUGAGACCCGACCCCAACAAGUGGCUGGUGGGAAAUGUAGUUCAGAGAGAUGAUGCUCUGUAUGCCAGAAUGAAACAGAGGGAAAUUGACGCAUAUGACUCGAUGUGGGAUCCCAUCUUUGUGGACGAUGCCGCAUUAGGACUAGGCGAGCAAAGAAAUAAGAUGACUCCCGACGACAACAUCCUGUUCAGCACCUUGGAAAUGAAGAAUGAGAUGGGUGGUGCCGGGGAUCUGUCCCGGGGCCUGGGAGCACCCGGAGAUCCCCGCAACACCAUGCUGGCCUACGAUAGCUCGACACUGCAGUACCGCAGGGCAGCCAUGGCCCGCCAGAACUAUGGCCACAGCGCCUUGGAGCGCCACGCCCAGAAGAAGUCUCGCCUACGGAGACGGGCCUCCCAGCUCAAGGUGAACAUCCCAGACCUGUCCGACGUGAACUCUAUUGAUAAGUGGUCCAGGAUGAUCUUCCCCACCGUCUUCUCCUUCUUCAACGUGGUCUACUGGCUCUACUACGUCCAUUAAACCCAGCAGCGUCUGGCGGCCAUCUUAUGGCAGCCAUGCAAAGAAGGGGGC